CCAAGGACAGGAAUCAUAGCUAGACAAGACAUCAGUAUAAAUUUAAUUUUCCCUACCUUUCCAUGCCACAUCGAUAAGACGUCUUCUGUUCUCGAUCAUAUGGACAAUUCUUAGGAUAUCUUCAAACACUUCAGUUUUCUUCCAACCUCUACGCAUCACAAACAGCACCAUCAUCCAACAUGGCUGAGACAAUUUCUCCCGACUACCUCGUCAUCGGCGCAGGCGCGGUAGGCAUGGCCUUCGUUGACACCUUGGUCUCUGAUACCGAGGCUACGGCGGUCAUUGUCGAUAGCUACUCUCGUCCGGGUGGUCAUUGGACUAUCGCCUAUCCGCAUGUUACCCUUCAUCAGCCGUCCAGCGCCUACGGCGUCAACUCUCGAGAACUCGGCGAAGGCAAAAUAGACAAAGUUGGUCUCAAUAAAGGCUAUGCCGAGUUGGCAACAGGCGAUGAGAUCGUUGCCUAUUUCUACAGAGUUAUGCAUGACACCUUUCUUCCGUCCGGUCGAGUCAGCUAUUACCCGAAACACAACUACAUCGGCGAGGGACAGUUUCAAUCAAUCAUUACGGGGAAGGUUAUUCAUGUUGGAUCGAGAACUCGCAUCGUAGACUGCACCUACGCGAAGGUUAAGGUUCCUGCUAUGAGUCCACCUGCAUACAAGGUCUCGGACAAAGUGAGGCUCAUCACGCCCAACGCUCUAGCAACGCUCAAACGACCUCAUGGCGGCUAUACCUUGGUCGGGGCCGGGAAGACUGCACUCGACGCAGGCUUGUGUCUGCUGGGUUACGGCAUAGACCCAAACGAUAUUACCUGGAUUGUCCCGCGCGAUUCCUGGUUUCUUGAACGCGGUUCCGUGCAGGAUCAAGAGAAUACCCCUGAUCUUGACAAACUGAUGAAAGAAAGAGCUGACGCCAUUGUGGGGGCCAAAACAUCUGAUGAGAUGUUUCUGCUCAUGGAGGCAUACGGACACGUGUUACGCAUAGACAAGGACAUCAAGCCUACAAUGUUCAAGUUCGCGACUGUCACAAAGGCGGAGAUUGAAGAAUUGAAGAAAAUUAAGAACAUUGUACGCCAAGGACGGAUCAUAAGCAUUGAUCCAGACAAAGUCGCUUUGGAGCAGGGCACAUACACGCCUGUGCCUGAAUCCCUCUACAUUGACUGCAGUGCCUCCGCUAUCUCAAACUGUCCGGCUGUUCCUGUCUGGAACGGCCGACACAUCACGCCCCAGCUUCUAAGGAUCGGUCAGCCUACGCUUAGCGCUGCUCUCAUCGCCUACCUUGACAACAACUACGACGACGAAGAGUUCAGGAACUCCCUUUGCGAACCUGUUCCUGCGUGUUCAAAGCCAAAAGAUUACUGCGCCGUCUUUUUGGUCACCCUAAGGAAUCAGCUUAAGUGGAUGGCAUUACCAGAUGUCGAUGCUUGGUGUGCGAAGUCGAGACUUUAUUACCCGUUCUUUGAUCCGCCGCCGCCUCAGGAUUCUCAAAAAGCCGCGGCUUGGUAUGCUACUCACCUAGAGAACCUGAAGGCUGUCUGCAAUAAGUUCGAGGAACUUCUUAGCAAGGAUACUGCAAUCGCACAUAAUGGCUGAUUUGCUUACACCACGGUUAUCUAUCCGGGGAAAAUUGACCCGGAUAUAGCUAGAUUCCAUCACGGUUUCUUAGGCCACUUAUUCCUACGAAUUCUAGGUUAUGUUGCUAGAAAAUGCACGAUAAUUCCCUUAGAUUAGACUAGAAUACUAACGUGAGUGCAUAACGAGUAAUAUAGUUAAGCGAGUGACGCACCCUAACAAACUAUUAGGCCUUCUACACGCAAUUACUUAAUACUACAACAUUGUACUAUAGCUAAUAGUAUAUAUAAUUAAUUGCUAAUAUCUACUAUAUCUUUUCUAUAUAACAUACCCCACAGGCGA